AUGUUGGAUAUGAUCAGAAAGAAAUUACCCAGAUCCGAAGCACCAUAUCACCUAAUCGUGCCGUCCCUUGUUGGAUACGCAUUCUCGUCCAAGCCUCCAGUUCACAAAGAUUUCCGAAUUGAGGACGGUGCUCGUAUCCUUGACAUAUUCAUGGAUAAUCUGGGCUUCAGCUCCGGAUAUGUUGUACAUGGUGGAGACCUAGGAAGUGAUACUGCGAGAGUUAUGGGCGCAAAGCACGCAAGUUGCAAAGCUGUUCACAUCAACUUCUGUUACAUGGCCGAACCGUCAGGUAUGGAGCCUCUGGAGCUUGAUGAUGUUGACCGCAUCGGUCUCGAAAGAGGCCGUAAGUUUGUGAGCGUGGGAAAUGCUUAUGCGAAAGAGCAUGCUACGCGCCCAAGCACAGUUGGCAUUGCGGUCUCCACUAACCCAUUGAGCCUUUUAGCUUGGAUUGGUGAAAAAUACCUUGAAUGGUCUGAAAAGGAUCCGGAUCUCGACACCAUCUUAGAGACAGUCACUUUGUAUUGGCUAACACAGACGCUACCGUCUUCUUUAUAUCAUUAUCGACAACUCUUUGAACCAGAUUCCAUUGGCUCACAUGCAAAUCCAGAGUGGUAUAUAAAAAAACCGCUUGGUUUCUCUAGCUUUUUGCAUGAAAUUGCUCCCACGCCGGCAAGUUGGGUACGCACAACUGGCAAUUUGGUGUUUUAUCGCAGACAUGACAAGGGUGGGCACUUUGCCGCACUUGAACAGCCAGAACUGUUGUGGAACGACAUUGAAGCAUUUGUACAGCAACUGGUACGGACGGCUAUCUUUCAAAAGCCGGAACAGUCGUUAUGCGUAAACGUGGAUGCUUAA